CUAGUCGCGACGUUCGUACGUCGGUCGGGCCUUAGGUCCGUGCGUGUGUCUCUAAUUAUUAUCGGGUGCACUCUCGCCAGUAGUCGUCGUACGCACGCGUGAAUCACUCGUUUUUAUAACUGUUUACGAUUUUUUUUUUUUUUUCAAUUUAAAUUUUUAUACGUUUUUUCGUGACCGACGGCGAAAAUAUAAUAGUUUAAUUAAAUUAUAAUAUAAAUAAAUAUAUAGGCACAGUGUAAGUUUUGUGGCGCCAGCCGUACGUUAUUGUGUACCGACCGACGUGAAUAAUAUUGGAAACGUAGUUUGUUGUUUCGAUACCAACAACAGGUUGAGCGAAAAAAAAACGAAAACAUAAAAAUAAAACAAAAUGGAUUUAGAAGAGCUUUAUCACAAAUAUCGUAUUCGACUCAAACAGUCGCUAUUCACAACGUUCGCUUCGAUUGGUUUGGCUGUGUGCACUGUUACUUUGGUCAUGUUAAUUACGUUUUAUAAUGCCAAAUCCGCCGAAAGAUCGCCGUUGGUGUCGGUGGGCGUCGCGUGGCUGAUUUUCGCCUGCGCGUAUGCGCUAACGCAGACUGCUCCCGCGGUGCUGAACUCCAAGCCGGCCGCGGCCGUGCUGUCCGCAGCCACGGUGGCUGCAUCCGCGGCCGCUGUCCUGUACGGCUGCGGUAACGCGCACGCCAUCUACUCACUGUUUCCGGUGCUGGUGGCCACGCAUUCGAUGGUGCCCACCCACGUAGCCGUAUCGUGUUUCGCCACCGCGGCCACGGUGGCCGUGCACGUCACGUCGCUGCUCGUCGAGAUCCAAUGGGAACCGAGUGUGCAGCACGUCAAACAGAUGAUCGCUGAAGUGUUACUUUUGCUGGCGGCCAGUUCUACCGGUUGGUAUUACAAGUUUAUGACCCACAAAGCCAACAGGAUAAUGUUUUCGGGCACCAGAACAUGUAUCGAAUCCAGGAUCAAACUGGAGUGUGAAAAAGAACAACAGGAGCAACUAUUACUGAGUGUCAUACCAGCAUAUAUCGCAGCUGAAGUGAAAAGAAGUAUAAUGCUUAAAAUGGCCGAUGCUUGUCAUGAUGUGGCUAACAAGCAAACAAGAUUCCACGAGAUGUACGUGCAGCGCCAUAACAAUGUUAGCAUUUUGUACGCAGAUAUAGUCAACUUUACUCCAUUAUCUGAACAACUGACUGCAUCCGAUCUUGUGAAAACUCUAAAUGAUCUAUUCGGACGCUUUGAUCAAAUAGCCCAAGAAAAUCAGUGCAUGAGGAUAAAAAUUUUGGGCGACUGUUACUACUGCGUUUCCGGACUUCCGGUUUCCAGGCCGAAUCACGCUUACAACUGUGUCAACAUGGGGUUGCAGAUGAUUGAAGCGAUCAGGUUCGUCAAAGGAGCUACCGGGUUCGACGUGGACAUGCGGAUCGGCAUACACACCGGGAACGUGCUGUGCGGCGUCCUGGGCCUAAGGAAAUGGCAGUUCGACGUGUGGAGCGACGACGUGACGUUAGCCAACCACAUGGAGUCAGGCGGCGUGCCUGGCCGUGUCCAUAUAACCAGAGCUACUAUGGAACAACUGAAUGGCAGGUUUGCCGUGGAACCAGGAAAUGGUGGUUCCCGAGAAAAUUAUCUUGCCGAUCAUAAAAUAGAAACUUUCCUCAUCGUACACCCAUUUAAGAAUAACGAAAUGGAAAACCUUUUAAAAAUCGAAGGGAACAAACAGGCCGAAAAUGGAGGACUUUAUAAUGAUGAAAAUAUUAGUAGAAAUAGAUCGCCCAGUAAAAUGACAAAAUACAUUGAAUGUUGGGGCGCAGACAAACCAUUUGCAAAUAUAACGGAAAGUACAAUGGCAAAAAAUAUCGGUUUAGCAAGUCUGUCGAUGAUCGAAUCAAACUUACUUCCAUCGAAAAACACUUGUAUACAAUGCGAUUUCAAAAAAUGGUAUGGCUCAGAAGAUUACAAUCCGGUAUGCUUAUGGUUCAAGAACAGUGCGCAAGAGUCACAGUACAGAAACCAAGCGGACCCAUUUUACAAAUACUAUAGUGUUACUGCCUUAUUAUUAUUUAUGUGCAUGGUUAUUAUACAACUACUGUUGAUACCUAAAUCUAUAACUAUGCUGGGGGCUCAAAGCGCCUCGUCCAUAGCGUUAUUUGUAUUUGCUUACGCAAGUUGGAAGUCAGAAGACGAAUGUGGUGCUCAGGAAAACGUUUCAGUGGGUUCAUCUAGAUGGCUCCGAAUGUCUAUAUUUCUAUUGAGUUCUAGUUUAGUUGGAACGUGUGCAAUAAUCACUUUACUUGAUACGGACCUCCAAUACACCGAAAGUCCUAAAGUGAAUGAGACAAUCGAGUUAAUUAGUUCAAAUACCUCGAAAAUAAUAAACCUGACAGAAGACUUAACCCAUUGGACUUCUUCCUCAAUUGUUUCGGCUUUUUUGUGUAGUACUAUUCUUACGUUAUCAAUGAUAUCAACAUUUCUUCGAAUCGGUAUCACUCUCAAACUGUUUAUCAUGGUAAUCUGUGGUACACUUCAUUUAUCUAUAUAUCAGACAAUACCUUUUUUUCAGUACAAUUUUAAAGAUUUCAGCGAAAACGAGAUACCAUGGCAGAUAAAAAUGUGGGUUCCAAUUUUUCUUUUAGUCAUCAUAUUUCACAUGUUGGACAGAAAAAACGAAUUAGCUGCUCGUACAGAUUUCUUAUGGAGAGCUAAAUUAAAGGUCGAACAAGAGGAAGUAGAAACAAUGAGAGGCAUCAAUAAAAUCUUAUUGGAAAACAUUUUGCCAGCCCACGUUGCGGAACAUUUCCUUCGAGAGCAAGUUCUACAUGACUUGUAUCAUGAACGUUAUAGUUGCAUAGCUGUUAUGUUUGCAUCGAUUCCAAAUUAUAAAGAAUUUUAUGAUGAAAAUGAUGUCAAUAAACAAGGACUUGAAUGUUUACGAUUGUUAAACGAAAUAAUUUGCGAUUUCGAUAAACUCCUUUUGAAACCCAAAUUUAGCUCGAUUGAAAAAAUCAAAACCAUAGGCAGUACUUAUAUGUUGGCUUCUGGUUUAAGGCCUGGGAAAGAAAAUAAUACGUCAAAAGCGGCAGAAGAUAGGCAGCAAGAACACAAUGUGGUCAUUCUCGUGGAAUUCGCCAUCGCAUUGAUGACAAUUUUGGAACAAAUAAAUCGUGAGUCGUUUCAGCGAUUUAAACUUAGGAUAGGAUUAAAUCACGGUCCAGUAAUUGCCGGUGUGGUAGGCGCGCAAAAACCACAAUAUGACAUCUGGGGAAAUACCGUGAACGUAGCGUCUCGGAUGGACAGUUGCGGGAUUAUGGGCCGAAUUCAGGUCACUGAGGACACGGCGAAAAUCCUAAUGGCAGCGGGUUACGACUGCGAAUGCCGGGGUCCAACAUAUGUAAAAGGAAAAGGCACGUUGACUACGUAUUUCGUAAAAACAAAAUAG